UGGACACGAAUGAUGAGUGACACAUUUGGCAUGAACUUGUCUUGAGAAUUGGCAUUAGAGACAAACAAUUGUCUGGUCAAAUGUUGUUUAAAGUACGCUUGCGCCAAAGAGCUGGACUGUGCGCAUGGCUUCUGCUGUAGUUAAUACCCAUUAAUCGCUUACCUUAAAUCCGUGUAUAGCUUGUGGUUGUAUAGUCGUCGUUUUCGUCAUCGUCAUCGCCAUCCGCAACAUGAUGAUGAUCGGUUGAUCAUCUUUUAACUCUUGCCUCAAAGCUGCUGCUGGUUGUCCAGUAAUUCUGAAUUUUGUUUUACGUAUAAAUGCGUGCGAUGUUGACCAAAAGCUAACAGUUCUAAUUAGACUAUCGUCAGUCACAGUCGUGUGCAUACGAAUUCUCCCUCUCCUUUGUUUUGUAGCUUGAAUUAAAAAAUCUGUUGGAGCUUAAAAAAUACGCGAAAAAAACUUUACAAACAUUUAUCAAUCAUUCAAAAAAAGUGUGGAGGAAGAAAAAAGCUGCCAUCCAAAAUGAAAUUCGUUUUGGCGCUUGCCGCCCUCAUAGCUUGUGCUGGGGCUGAUGUCUCUCAUCUCAACACUUAUUUGCCACCACACACAGUAUCGGCUCAAUCGCGCACCGUUUCAUUCUCACCCUCCGCUGGAUACUCAGCCGGUAAUGCGGGAGGCAGCAGCGCCUUUACAUCAGGAAGUGGUAGCUUUUCCAGUGGCUCUGGAAAAACUGGAUUUUCUGCUGGUGGUGGUAGUGGUGGCUACUCUUCAGGAAAUCGUGGUUUCAACAGCGGCCGUUACAACUCUGGUGCCUAUCAACAACAAGCAGUAGCAGCUGCACCCGCAAGAGCUUCCUAUUCAAGUGGUGGCAAUGCAGGUGCUGCUACUGGUGGUUACAGCAGCGGUGCUUAUCAACAGCAAGCUGCAGCACCAGCUCGUGCUUCGUAUACUACUGGCGCUGGUUCCUCUUCAGCAUACUCUGCUCCAGCUAGUCAAUCUUUCACUACCACUUAUAACAGUCAAACUGGCUAUUCGACUGGGGCUAAACAGGCUUUCAGCGCUCCUGCAGCACAACAACAAACAUAUACAGCUCAAUCCUAUUCUGCUCCAGCUGCCCAAAGGACAUAUAGUGCCCCUGCUACCAGCCAACAAGCGUAUACAACUCAAACCUAUUCUGCACCUGCUGUGCAAAAGACUUAUUCCGCUGCUCCUGCUGCUCCAGUCGUUCAACAAACCUAUACUGCUCAGAAAACUUAUUCUGCCCCAGUAGUACAACAAACCUACAACACUCAAAAGACAUAUUCAGCUCCUGCCGCCCAACAGACUUACUCGGGGCCUGGAAAAUCCUAUACCAGCUAUCAGUCAUACACUGCUCCAGUUGCUGCUCAAAAGACUUAUUCAGCACCAGCUGCUCAAAGGGUUACUUAUUCUGCUCCAGCUGCACAGCAGACCUAUUCGGCUCCAACUGCCCAAAAGGUCACCUACUCGGCUCCAGUUGUACAACAAACUCAACAAACCAGCGCAGGCCCUGGUAAAUCCUAUACUAGCUAUCAGUCAUACACCUCUCCAGCUGCUCAAACGGUUCAACAGUAUAGAGCACCCACUGCACAAAAGGUUACCUAUAGUGCUCCAGCUCCAGCUCCACAAAAGGUGACCUAUUCAGGCAGUAGCCAACAAACCGCCGCCGCUGGUCCAGGUGCAGCCUACAAUAGUUACCAAACAUACACUGCCCCAGCAGCUCAAAAAGUAACCUACUCCUCUGGCGGCAGCGCUCAACAAGUUAGCACUGGUCCUGGCCAAAGCUACAACAGCUAUCAAUCUUAUACAGCUCCAGCUGCCCAGAAAGUGACCUAUUCCGCUGCUGCGCAACCAUUUAGCUCUAACACUGCCCAAUACUCAACUGGUCGUACUUUCCAACAGUCAGCCGCUGCUGGACCUGGUCAAGGUUACACUAGUUACCAAUCUUAUACCGCUCCAGCCUCACAAAAGGCAUCGUUCGCUGCAGGUGGUGGUAGUCAACAAGGCUACAGUGGCGCUGCAGCCCAGCAAACUGUUGCCGGUCCCGGUCAAUCCUACAAUAGCUAUCAAUCCUACACUGCCCCUGCUGCACAGAGAAAUACCUAUUCAGCUCAAAAGACUUAUAAUACAGCUGCCACCCAAUCGUACACAGCUCCUGCCAGCCAAAAAGCAACCUUCUCCGCUGGAGGUAGUGCUCAACAAACCUACGCUGGACCAGGUCAAGCCUACAACAGCUACCAAUCGUACACUGCCCCAGCAGCCCAAAAGGUUACCUACUCCGCGGCACCUGCUACUUCUUCGGGCUCUUAUAGAGCUCCUGCCUCACAGGCCUAUACCAGUGGAAGUUCUUAUCCAUCGUCGUCAUCAUCAUCAUCUUCAUCUAUCGACACAAAAUAUGCCGCCAAUGGUGGCUACAUCUAUUAAAAAUGUGAUUCUUCUACGGCGUCAAUCUGUCGACUAUUGGCGAUUAACGAAUUUGUUAAGUAACGAAAUUAAUUAAUUAGGACAUUGAAAUUAUUUUUCAUGCUACUCUUACUCUACGAAAUCUAUAGAAAAUUUUUGAAAAUUUGACAAAAAAAAUAUAGAUUAGAAAUAUUUUUCCAAAA